AAUUUAGAUUCUCAGCGAGCCUUUCACUUACUUUCUACGCGUCCUAGCAGCAUACGACCCAGCGCAUAAGUUCUUGAGCCACUCACCAAUUGCAUCGGCAAUACACGACUACACAUAGUCGUCAUGCCUCCGACUACUACCAAUACCACAAUUCUGGGACGCGGUUCCAUAUAUGAGCGUUCCGUUCGUCAUCAGCCUCAAAGCCCGCUCCUGCGGCUACCUGCCGAGCUUCGUCUGGAAAUCUGCAGCAACAUGUCGCUUUCACCGACGACGGUCGACUGGAAUGGCGCAUUCUUCUCGUGUCUCCAACUGCACAACGACAUGCUGACAAAGCUACAUUCCAAGCAGGAGGCUAUCAAAUACAUGAAAGUCCCCUCAUGUCUGAACUUUCGGGGUGCGCAUCCGGUCUUUGGCUGGAUCCGCAAUAUGUACCUCAUUAUCGAGCUCAACCUUGGAUGGCGCGAUCACCUGCACGCUUUCAAGAAGCUAUACACACUACAUCUCGAUGAUCUCCAGUUUCUGCUUAUAGGAGAACCCAGGCUCGGCGAACGAUAUCCGGGGAUUGCGACGCCGUAUGGGGACUUGACGACUUUGGGUCCACCGGGGCUAGCUACUCCGAGUGGUCAAUUGGAACCCGCCGGUACAAACGUGGUCAUCAACUGCAAAAAGAUCACCCUCACUCUAGACCACCUGGCCAACGUCGAAGGCGCUCGCGAUAAGCAGACCUGCUACGAAGUAGCUUUCCAAGGGACAGACAUCAUGUACCUUUUCACUGUUGUCCAAAAUAAGCAGGGCCAGCAAGUCGAGCGUUCAUACACACUCGAUACACGCUUCGAGAUGCCAACGCCUCUGCCUCCGCAGGACGAGGAGGAGGACGAGUACGACAAGUGUGCCAACAAGCGCGGUGACGACACCUGCGGCGACUGCGCGGAAGGAAUUGAUGAGCUCCAGCAAACUCUGUGCGCUAUUCUGUAGGUGUCCUGACCUCCCAGGCCAAUGAGACACAUCGUUGGACAUGUAUCUCCAUUCUUUCACAACAGUGCAACUCGAGCAUCUUCUUAAUUGAACAUAACGAUCGAGUCCAUCCCUUCCCAAUCAAUCUCUACUGUUCCCUCAUUUACUUUCCCCAGAUCCCCAUAACUCCUGUACCACCUAGUUCGUUUGCACUUAGGCCUCACCCGGUCCGAAAUUUUGAUACCCCUCCGUAUCAAGAAUAUGAUGAUAAUACGUUCCCAACGUCAUAUCUUGGGUUGACCAAGCGUUGAAAUAUGCUUGCAUAUUGGCACUACCACAUAUUCUCUUCUGCUAGCGGACGCUUUGAUACUGCUGAAAGGUGCGGGUGCCGUUAAUCGA